AUGGCACCUUCACUCUUUACCCUAGGCACGGCUGCCCUGGCCUUGGCUGGUGACGCUGUCGCCAAGCAGUUCGUCCUCGAUGACACAUACGACUCGACGAACUUCUUCGACAAGUUUGACUUUUUCGAGAGCAAGUACGGCACGGGAGAUUAUAAUGACGUCGAUCUCACCUCGGGCUACAUCAACUAUCGCACCCGUGUCGAUGCCCAGAAGCUGGGCCUCAUUAGCAAUGCCGACGGCGAGGUCUACGUGGGUCCUGAUGCCCACAACAUCACCGAGUUCCCCGGUGUUGGCCGUUCAAGUGUGAGACUCGAGAGCAAGGCAAUUUACAACAAGUCUCUCAUGGUCGCCCGCUUUUCUCAUCUUCCUAAACCUGUCUGCGGUGCUUGGCCUGCUUUCUGGUCCUACGGUUCUCCGUGGCCCAAGAAAGGCGAGCUUGACUUCUUUGAGGGCUGGAAUAACGCGGCUGCCAACAAGCCUGCUGCCCACACCUACCUCACGUCCGAACAGGGCCAGUGUGUCAUCAGUGAAAUCGGGCAGACAGCCAAAGUUAACACAGCAAACUGUGAUCAACUGGCUCCUGGACAAUACACCAAUGAGGGUUGUACUACUACAGCCACCUCUGCUGACCCUUGGGGCUCGUCCGAUGGUGGUAUCUAUGCUGUUGAGUGGACAGACGACUACAUCAAGUUCUUUGCCUGGACCCAUUCCGCAGCUCCCAAGAACAUUGGCUCCGACUCGCCUGAUACCUCCUCUUGGGGAACUCCCUCCAUGCUCAUCGCCAAUGAUAAGUGCAACAUCAACAGCCACUUUGCCGAUCAGCGACUCGUUCUGAACAUUGACUUCUGCGGUGUUCUCGCCGGCAAUGAGUACAUCUGGAAGGACCAGUGCGCCACGUCCACUGGUCACUCUGUCUGCUCGUCCUAUGUCGCGGCGAAUCCCAGCGCCUAUAAGGACACCUAUUUCAAGAUCAAGGACAUUCGUGUGUUCAAGGAGGGCAGCAAAGCAGUGACGACUUCUGCGUCCUCUUCGUCUACCUCUUCGUCUACCUCUUCGUCUACCUCUACCUCUACCUCCACCUCCAUCUCAACCUCUACCUCGACAUCUGCCACAACGUCGUCUGCUUUGACAUCAUCUGCCUCCACAUCACCCGCCUCGACGUCUUCCGCUUCGACAUCGUCUGCAGUCACGUCGACUACCAUCUCCACAUCGGCAUCUGCUUCGGCGUCCGCGUCUGCUUCCGCCUCAACCUCAACGAGCGCCUCCAUCUCUGCUUCUGCUAGCGGCUCGGUCACGGCAAAGGACACGUCUAUCAGCGCCUCUGACUCCAAGACCGCCUCAGCUUCUGGCACUGCCUCUGGCACCGCAUCUGCCUCUGGCACCGCCUCUGCCUCCGGAACUGCCUCUGCCUCCGGAACUGCCUCUGCCUCCGGAACUGCCUCUGCCUCCGGAACUGCCUCUGGUUCAGCGUCUGGAUCUGGAUCUGGGUCUGGGUCUGCCUCUGUCUCCGGCUCCAAGUCUGCCUCCGCCUCUAUUACUCCCACUGGCCCAAUUACCACAAGUGCCACUGGCACCAAGUCAGCUACCGCCAGCGCAUCCGGUUCCAUCUCCAUCAAGUCCAACAGCAAGUCCGACGAGGAUGUCUGUACUGAGAGCGACGCCACCAGCACCAAGACUGGCGUCACCAGCAAACAGACACAGGCGGCUGCGACAAAAACUCCUCCCGUCGAGCUCACGACCUCGACAGUCUACACCACUAAGGUGUCUACAAUUACCGCGUGCCCGCCCACCGUCACCAACUGCCCAGCUCACAUCGGCAAGGUCACGACGCAGACCAUAGCUCUGUACACCACGGUCUGCCCCGUCUCAUCUGUCCCUGCUCCCAAGCCCACCGAGCCGGUCAAGGGCAACAACAAGCCCAACGAUAAGCCCAAUGAUAAGUCUAACGCUGGCCCUGGCACUGGCCCUGGCGUCUCGACCACCACCUUCACCACCGUCUAUACCAUCACUAAGUGCCCGCCCUCCGUCACAAACUGCCCCGUCGGUAGCGUCACCACUAAGAUCGUCACGACAUCGGUUCCCUCUGCCGGCACCUCUGUGCCCAUCGUGACAAAGGUCGUCCCCACGGCCCCCUCGGGCCCCAACUCCGCCCUCGGCCUGACCAAGACCCUCUCCACGGUCUCCCCGUCUGGAGUCCCUCCCAAGCCCAGCGCCCCUGGUGGUAACAACUACGGCUCCGGCUCCGGCUCUGGCAACGGCACCAUCCCCAAGCCUCCUACCGGCUUCAAUGCCACCGUCCCGGUGACCAAGGCUACCACUCUCACUGCCUCCAAGCCCGCGGGGACGGCCCCCGGUGCAUCAACAACUAGCUACUCUAGCGCCAGCUACCCGACCAAACCGGCUGUUGUUGUCAACGCGGCCGUUCAGGCGGGUGCCAGCUUCCUGCUGAUGGCUAUUGGUGCCCUCGCCGCCUUGGCUCUUUGA